AUGAUGACUGAUAUCAUGUCUGAAGCUCAAAAUCUACAAAUAAAAUCAUUAUUUGAGCCAAGUCGUCUCUGGAGUUAUCUAUUACUUGGAUGUCCUUUACGGCGAAUCCGGUUGCAAGAAACAAACAUUAUGGCAAACCUUAUCUUUGCAUUCGCACUCUUCUGCGCUGUUGCGCUCACGAGCAGCACGAUGAUGCCAGGAGGAAAAGCUGACCAAGACCCCAGCAGUCCUAGAUAUAUGGAUAUGGCAUGGAAGGCUGCGAAACCAUUGAACGAGGAUUCAGCAGCAAACUCGGGCGAGUAUGCCAUGAUGCCCAUUAAAGUUUUGAAAGCACAAAGCCAAGUUGUUGCUGGAGUCAUCUACGAUUUGGAAGUCUUAUAUGGCGAAUCUGGUUGCAAGAAAGACGGUGUUGACCUUUCAAAGUUACAAAUGGCCAACUGUAGGGUUAUGAAUGAAGGAAAGAGAGCUAUUUACAAGAUUCACUACUACGAGAAGCCAUGGCAAAACUUUUUGGAAAUCAAAGUGUCGAAAAUUCGGGAUGUCGAUGCUGGUGAAACCUUCUGAGCUUUUUAUGGUUUUCAGAAAUCUUUGUCCUAAUAUUUCUGUAAUUUGAUGAGUAAAUGUAGACGGCAAAUGAUCUUGCGGCUAUGACAACAGACUGAGUAAAAGAAUGCAAAAAA